AUGGAUGCUCAGACUGAGCUUCAUGAAGAUGGAAAAGAGCAGCAUGCACCUGCAGAAUCGGCGAUUUCUCCAGCGGAUACGCAAGGUGUGGAUAUAUUCCAGAUACCUGCUACCGAUGCUUUGAAAGCCGUCACUACCCAUUUGACCGAACUAGCACGUAUUACGGGCGACGUUCCGGCAACCCCAUACGCGCCUAACCGGGCAGAUCCUGCCCAAGACGUGGGCGUAAUUGCGGAUAAACAAGACUCGACUGUUAUCAUUACCGAACUGCAUUGCGCAGAUGCGAAAGAUACCCCGGAACAGAUGACUCCUGCAGGUGUAGUCCAACAUAAUGUGUUGGCGAAAAGGUUCUAUUCCAAGAGAGCACCACCCAUUCCUUUAGACGAGUAUCUACUUCGUCUUCACAAGUACUGCCCCAUGUCGACUGCUGUCUACCUUGCGGCAAGCCUCUAUAUCACAAGAAUGGUUUUCGCGGAAAGAGCUUUAUCGGUUACUCCUCGUAACGUGCACCGUCUAAUGCUUGCAGCGCUUCGAGUGGCAAUGAAGGCACUCGAAGACCUUAGUUAUCCGCACGCCCGCUUUGCGCGAGUCGGUGGUGUCGCAGAGCGCGAACUCACUCGCCUUGAGAUCACAUUCUGUUUCCUUACAGACUUUGAUUUACGCGUUGAUGCUCCCGCAUUGCUGCGCCAGGCGACGUUACUCCAAGAUACACCGCGUAUUGGUGUGACUUACCUAGCGCCACCACGCACAGACUCCAAUAUUGCACAAAACAUUGCUUCAGGGGCCGCUGAGAUCCAAUCGUGA